GCGGGGGGGAGUGGGUGGGAGAGCAAUUCCUUGGCUGUUUGGUUUUUGUGUUUGUUCUUGUGUUGCGCCGGGAAUUGGUAUAGUAUUAUUGGGUUAUAUUGUGCGAUUGUGGGAGAUGGUGAAUUUUUGAGAUGUGGGGUAUUUGUUCAACACAGACAAGGGGGUGGGAAGGGGAUAUAUAGAGGACGACCAACCGGCUAGCGGAGGAUAGAAUAAUGGAUGAAUUAGACAAUCGUGUUAAGUACAAAACUCCUUGUCAGGUUGCAAGCUAUCUCUGCGGACGGGGUCGAGCCCUUGCUUGCUUGGGGGGUGAUUUGCUCUGUUUUUCUGCCUGCAAUAUCCUUUCUGAAAAUUGGUGCAACCCGUUUAUCUUACUGAUAUCUAUAAUUGCCCGUAAUUUAUUAGCAUGCAAGCGAUGGAUUUUUGCAAAGGGAAUGGAGGGACACUGUUGGACACUGCACUGGCUAAGGCUGCGGGGACCUUGCAUUGGAUCGCGAGAUGGGGUUACUGAGAUAACUCGCUCUCUCCACAGCCAAGAAAGAGCUGGCAGCAGUAUAUGCCUUUUUACCUGUAAGUUAUAACUAUAUAUAUAUGAGGCAUUGACAGGAAAACUCUGGCUUACUGAUGCUCUCAACUCCGCGGUCUGUCUGUCUGUCGCUUCUCAUUUGAAUCAAUAAAUAUCCCAUCAAACAGACCAAUCAUGCAUACUACGCGAUGUCCGCGACGCCCAGCACCAAAUGUGGAGAGAGAACACCCGCUCCAAAAACCUGGGGAUAUUCGAGAACCAGGAAUUCACCAUCGGAGAAACUGCACAUACUUCAGGCUUUUGAAGAUAAAAAGGAUAGAAAAUAAUAAUAGAAAAAUAAACAUGAGCUAUGGUUGUCGACGCGAUCAGGACCAUCCUCAGGACCAUCUUAUUAUCAGUUGUUGCAUGUCUCUUCCUGCCCGUCUACCCUUGCUUCAUCGUCAGCUUCGCUGCUGAGAAAGCCGCUGAUGAGCGGAGGGCAGAGGGCCUCAUGGAGCCCAUCGUGGGCCUGGCUUCAACAAACCCAGAAGAGAGAAGAAAGCUUUCCAUAACCCCCUCCAUGCUUGAGGAGGGUCACUCCUCCAACGGCCGUGCGAACGGCGUCAAUAACGUUCUCACGAACAACAGCACCUCGUUCGAUGCGGCGCGCAGCAAGGACAGGCCGAACAGGGUCGGGAGACUAUUAUCCAAACUGCCAUUUGCCAAACCUCCCCGAGUUCCUUUAUUGCACUUACUGCAACAAUUCACUCUCUACACACAUGACUGA